GCGUAAACCUCGUUCGCUGGGCUGGUUUGUGUGAGAGAAGAACUGAAGGAGAUUGUUUCUGGUUAGCUGUGGGUUAAUAUUAUGCGAAAGAUGCUAACCAUCAUUUCUAACGUUCUGAGGGGAAGCGCCAGCAGGAAUGGAGCCGAACUGGUAUCAGAGGGUGCAAGAGUGGUGGUAUCUGCCAGGACCUAUGCAGACUUUACCCCUCAAGCCACCUUUGAUAUUAAGAAAUGUGACUUACACAAGCUGGAGGAGGGCCCACCACUGCAGGCCGUGCUUACAAGAGAGGAGGGGCUUCAGUACUACCGCAUGAUGCAGACCAUGAGACGUAUGGAGCUCAAAGCCGAUCAGCUCUAUAAGCAGAAGAUCAUCAGGGGCUUCUGUCACCUUUAUGAUGGACAGGAAGCGUGUGCAGUGGGUAUUGAGGGAGGUAUUAAUCUAUCAGAUCAUCUCAUCACAGCGUAUCGUGCUCAUGGGUAUACUCUCACUAGAGGGGGCACCGUUCGUGAGAUCAUGGCAGAGCUGACUGGUCGUAGAGGAGGCAUUGCCAAAGGAAAGGGAGGGUCUAUGCAUAUGUACACUAAACAUUUUUAUGGAGGAAAUGGAAUUGUGGGAGCUCAGGUGCCUCUUGGGGCAGGUGUAGCGUUGGCCUGCCAAUACCUGGGCAAGAAUGAGCUGUGUGUCUGUCUCUAUGGUGAUGGUGCUGCAAAUCAGGGUCAGAUCUUUGAAACGUAUAAUAUGGCAUCUCUGUGGAAGCUGCCCUGCAUCUUCAUUUGCGAGAAUAACAAAUAUGGCAUGGGUACUUCUGUGGAGAGAGCGGCGGCUAGUACUGACUACUACAAGAGAGGCGAUUUCAUCCCUGGAUUGAGGGUGGAUGGCAUGGAUGUCCUUUGUGUAAGGGAGGCCACCAAAUUUGCUGCUGAACACUGCAGAUCAGGAAAGGGUCCCAUUUUGAUGGAGCUCCAGACCUAUCGUUACCAUGGACACAGUAUGAGUGACCCAGGAGUCAGUUAUCGCACACGUGAGGAAAUCCAGGAAGUGCGCAGUAAGAGCGACCCGAUCUCGAUGCUGAAGGAUCGCAUGCUGAGCAACAACAUGGCCAGCGUGGAGGAGCUUAAGGAGAUUGAUGUGGAGGUAAGGAAGGAGAUUGAAGAUGCCGCUCAGUUUGCCACCACAGACCCCGAGCCUCCACUGGAUGAUCUUUGCAACCACAUCUUCUACAAUGACCCUCCUAUGGAAGUGCGUGGAACCAACCCCUGGACCAAGCUCAAGUCCAUUAGCUAAAUCGCCUUCCUUAUCAUCCCAAGUCCCUUCCUCUUCCUACCAGUACACCCUCUCCUGUUGAAGCGCACAGCGAAAUAUGAUCACCUCCGAUGUGGCUAUAGGUUUCAUAGACAGUUAUUGGGAAACAGCCACAUUGAGAUAAGUUGCCUCAUUUCACAUGUUAUCAUUGCCUUGUUUUCUUGUUGUCUUCAUCAAUUGCAAUACUGACCUUCAAUAUAAAUUUCAAAACCUAGAUUGUUUAGAUCUCAUAUUGGAAAUAUAUGAAUAAACAUGGUUUGGCUUGGAGUAAUCGGGACUUUUCUAAUGUCUCCAAUGCCCCUGUUGUUUAUUACCCAAUGUCUAUGCCAUGGCAGAAUAUUUAGCUCAUGUCCGUACAUCACAAACACCUACCAUUGUUGUUCACUUUAUAUAUCAGCUGGAGUGUGUGUUUUGGCUAAGGUGUUGGCAACCACUUUGUAGUCCUAAUUUGACAAAAUAUUUAAAGGUAAAAGUUUAUUGACAUUUAUAAAUUAUAAAUCUGUGUGGCCAUAUAAAAAAAGUUUUUGUGAUAUUUAAGGGAUUUAAAAUAGAAUAUUUCAUUUUGGUUGUAUUUUAACACUCUUCAACACAAAAUAAAAUUUGAAAUAAACAGAUGAAAAUGUGGCUUUAGAAUGGAAAAUGAUUAAUAGAUUCUUUUUACCCUUUCACUCUCUUCAAUGUUUAUUUAAAACAGGGGUUUUGUUUUUCAUGUAUUUAUUAUGAAAAAUUGCAUUUGUUACAGACAAUGUUACUGGGGAUAUAACUUCACAUUUGGCAAUUCCAAUGUAUUAAUGGCUGUUUUAAUAGAAUCUUUGUUUAAAAUCUCUUGAGAAUCAGGAAAGUAACAGUUGUUGCAAUAGAUGUUAGGAUGCUGUUGAGAUGCUGAAGGGGAAAUCAAGGUCACAAGUUAAAACUUCAUGCCGCAUUGACGAGGAUGAGUCAACAAGAAAAGGCAAUCUGUGUGUCAUACAAUGUGGUAUUUAUACCAUACAGCUACAAAUAAAUAUUUCAAAUACAA